AUGUCCGGGGAGCUUGGAACUGGUUCUAACGUGUUGGUACUGGUUCUACCACCAGCAGAAAGCUUAGAUCUUGUCCUUCACACUAAUUCGGUUCAUGACGUCCCGGGUUUUUAUUUCUUGGCCGAGAAGCUACUUCCAUCGACUUGCACAACAUUCAU